CAUAACUAAAGUUAUAGAAUCUGAAUCAGGUCUUGUCGCUUUUCGUCUCUCUCUGUCUCUUCGUGUUCUCUUUCUCUCUCUGUCGCUUCUAAACAUUCAGAUCGCUAGCUAGCUCUGGUCGUGCGCAUCUAAUUUGCUGCUGUAUUCCUUCUUUUUUUCCCAGAGCUGAGCUCUCAACACGUUCGCAAAAAUGAACAAAAGUCCACGCAUCGAUAUCCCUUCAUCGUCUUCUCCAGCUUCAGUUUCUGCAGAUGGUGAGCUCAAUGAAGACGACAUCUUCUCGAUAGACGUAACUCACACUCCGCCGUCUUCUUCUCCUUCGCAACACCCACCUGCUCGCCAGCUUCAGAGGAGCAAAAGCGGUUUGAAAAACGUGGAAGCUUCUGGUAUCCUCGCUGCUCUUCCCGAACCUUCUGGCAACAGCUACCUCAACCACGUCUUUCACCAUAAGCCUGCAGCUUCUUCCUCGCCUUCUUCAUCUUCCGCUAGAACCAUUCCCUCAGCUCCUAAACCGCCUCAAGAGAGGCUUCCAUAUACAGCUUCUUUUAUAGGUGGAGGGAAGUUUCCUCAGUCAGCUCCGGUUCAAGUGCCGUUAGCAUCUUUGGCCAUGAUGAAUCGUCAUAAGAAGGAGUUCAAGCUUACUGAUGUGGUGGAUGAGGAUGAGGAGGAGGAAGAAGAAGAAGGCGAAAUGCUUCCUCCACAUGAGAUUGUAGCUCGGUCUUUGGCGAAGUCUUCUUUAUUGUCUUGCUCGGUUCUUGAAGGAGCUGGAAGAACACUUAAAGGGAGAGAUCUCCGGCAGGUAAGGAAUGCUGUUUUCAGAAGAACCGGUUUCAUAGAUUGAGUUUUGUUUUUUCACCUUAAGACCAUUCUUUAAUUUGUUAUCCAAUUGAACCUGUAUGUUCACCUUAUCCAAUUUGGUCACAGAAACUUUCCAAUGUAUGUUCAUAUACAGUAUGUUUUGUCUACUUCAUAUCAAAGACUGAGAUGUGAUAUCACGUGUUUAUAUAAUUGUUGAUGAGACACAGAA